UCUCUAAUCUCUCUCACUCAAACACAGUUUCUCCAUUAUGGCAACAAUGGCGGAAAGUGUCUGGAUUUUCGAACUAGCCGCCAAAUCCAGCGGUUUAACUUCCAACAGUGCCAUUUUUCUUCUCUUCUUAACUACCCUUCUUCUCUGGAUAUCCAUAUCCCUUCUUAACUGGUCUUUUCCCGGCGGCCCUGCUUGGGGAAAGUUCAGAUUCCGAUCAAUUCCUGGUCCAAGAGGAAUACCCAUAAUUGGAAGCAUCAAUCUUUUAACCGGUUUAAGUCACCGGAAAAUCGCUGCUGCCGCCGCCAAAUUCAAUGCCAAGAAACUAAUGGCUUUCAGCAUCGGCGAAAACAGAGCAAUUGCCAUUUGUGAUCCAAACAUAGCUAAAGAAAUGCUCAAUAGCUCUGUUUUCAUGGACCGUCCAUUUAAAGAAUCAGCUUAUGGACUUUUGUUCAAUAGAUCAAUUGGAUUUGCACCCUAUGGUGUUUAUUGGCGUACCCUUCGUCGGAUCGCCGCAACCCAUCUUUUCUCGCCGGUGCAAAUUAGAAAUUCUGAGGAUUUAAGGUUGAAAAUCGCCGAUGAGAUGGUUGUGGGUUUGGCCGGAGAAGGUUGUAUUGAAGUCAGGCAUGUGAUUCGACGGGCUUCUUUGAAUAAUAUGAUGUGCUCUGUUUUUGGCCGGAGUUUUGGCCGGAAAGAUGGGUGUUUGGAGAAGGAAUUGGGAGAAUUGGUGGAUGAAGGUUAUGAUCUUCUUGGGAUGGUGAAUUGGUCCGAUCAUCUUCCUUGGUUACGUCAAUUUGAUUUGCAGGGAAUUCGAUCAAGAUGCGAGAAAAUUGUACCUAGGGUGAACCGGUUCGUGAACCGGAUCAUCGACGAUCAUCGAGGUAAACUUAGUUCAAAUGAUAAGAGUGAUUUCGUCGACGUUUUACUUAAUCUUCCAGAUUCGGAUCAAUUGUCAGAGUCUGACAUGGUUGCUGUUCUUUGGGAAAUGAUAUUUCGUGGUACGGACUCAGUCGCGGUAUUGAUCGAAUGGGUGCUAGCAAGAAUGGUAAUGCACAAGGAAGUUCAAUCGCGUGUCCAUGCUGAGCUGGACAAAGUGGUGGGACCAUCUCGUGUCGUCGAGGAAUCCGAUGUGUCAAACCUAGUCUACCUUCAAGCCGUGAUGAAAGAGGUCUUAAGACUACACCCGCCGGGCCCACUCCUAUCGUGGUCCCGGUUAUCGAUAACCGACACUCACUUAGGCGGUUAUUUAAUCCCGGCAGGGACCACCGCGAUGGUCAACGUGUGGGCCAUCAUGCGUGACCCGGAUGUGUGGACGGAUCCGACAGAGUUUAAGCCGGAGAGAUUUCUAUUGGAUUCGAAUCUCGUAGAAAUGUCUGUUAUGGGGUCAGAUAUGAGAUUAGCACCGUUUGGGGCAGGUGGGCGCGGGUGCCCGGGUAAGGCGUUAGGGUGGAAUACUUCUAUUGUGUGGGUGGCGCGGUUAUUGCAAGAAUUUGAGUGGGGACCGACAACGGAAGGAAAGACGGUGGAACUAACCGAGGUUUUGAAGUUGUCUUGCGAAAUGGCGAAUCCGUUGAAUGUGAAGUUGACUCGCCGAAAAAAGUGUGACUUGUCUUUCUAAAAUUAUCGACCGAAGAAUGUGUGAUGUGUAUCAAGAAGUAUGCUUGUUCAUAAGGUUUGAUAGUAAGAUAGUUUGAUCAAUUUAGAGGAAAAUAAAUUAUAGUUUGAUCAAGAUUCUAGUCAAGUAAAAGUUUCUUCAUUUGGAAUUGAUUGAUGUAAAAUGUAUAUGCAGUAUUAAUGAAGUGUGAAUUAAAUAUUGCAUGUUGAAAAUGAUUAUUUUA